UAGCAGUAAAUAUACUGCAUUACUGCAUUAUUUCUAAACAACAAUCUGGACAUUUUCAAUAAACAAAAAAUGACAUAAACAUUAAUAAAAUAGAAGGAUCAACACUAAAAUAAAAUUAGCUUAUAAAAAUAAUUCUUGCAGAUUUUCAGAAAAAAAAAAAAUAAAUUUAUAAAAGCUACGAUAAAAAGCCUUAAUUUUGGCAUUAAGAUUUAAAAAUCGAGUUAAAAAUGCACAAAAAGGAAUGGAAAAAAUGGUGUCGUCUUUGCGGGAAAAGAAAUGGUUCAGAAAUAGAUGUUAAACUUAAAUUUCAAAAGUCAGAAUCAUUGGCUGAAAUUAUAAUUAAAUAUUUCGGUAUAAUGAAAAAAUUUCAGAUAAAUGAAGAAAACAGUUCGUGUACUAAGAUAUGCAUGAUAUGUCACAAUAAAAUUAGCUCAAUUGUAAAAUUCCAUUCGCAUAUUUUCAGAGUGGACAAAAUGUUUGCGGAAUUGGGAAGCGAUUGUUUCAAUCAAAUCCUUGAUAUUGAAUCUCUAAGAGAAAAAUAUGGAUUAAAAGAAACACCCGAAUUUUUUCAUAGCGAAAUGAGACCUGCAGAUUUAUGUUCUACAAAAAUAGAAGAUGAAACGGAAUUCGAAAAUAAUAUAGAUUCGUCGUCCUCAAAAUGUUUUUUAAAAAGUGAAGUUGUAGAUGUUGACGAGACAAACGUUUCUGAAAAGUCAGAUUCAAGUUCUACUAAAUUACAUGAUGUGUUAUCAAGUAAUUGUUUCACAGACUCGAAUUUUGAAAAAAUGGACCAGGAUGAUAUAGGUGAGAGCCAAGUUAAUAAAAAAAAGUCCGAAACAGAGGAAUGCACAAAAUGUGACAUUUGUCCGAAAGUCUUCCCUACAGCUAGAGGUCGGAAAACACAUAUGAGACAGGCACACUCAAUAAAAAUAGGUCCACCGCUUCAUAAGUGUGAUGUUUGUGGAAAACUAUAUAAAAAACUUCAUCAUCUAAACGUUCAUAAAAUUAAUCACAUGUCAGAAAAGGAUAGAAAAGUAUAUAGUUGCCCAGAGUGCAAUCAAAGUUUUACGAAUGAAUGGGCAGUAUCUAACCAUAUUCGCGUUGUACACAAAAAAAAAUUUAUAUGUGAAUUGUGUGGUGCAGCGUUUGGAACAAAUACAAACUUAUCCGAUCAUCUUUUAACUCAUUCCGACGAGCGAAAUUUUAAGUGUCCCAAGUGUGAGAAAACUUUUAAAUGUAGACGCGCUUUGAAGCUUCAUGUCGAUAUACAUGACGAUACAGCAUAUCAGUGUAAAACAUGCGGCUUAAAGCUUAAUACCAGCUUAACCCUUCGUCGGCAUAUGAUGGUGCAUUCCGAUCAAAGCAAAUAUAAAUGUAAUUUUUGCUUGAAACAGUUUAAAAGACGUGAUGCUUUCAAAAAUCAUUUAAUAUUGCAUGCUGGUUUAAAGCCGUAUAAAUGUUCUUUUUGUGAUUUGACUUUUACAAAUGGAUCAAAUUGUCGAACACAUCAGAAAAGAGCCCAUCCAGUUGAGUUAGCAGCUGCAGAAUUGAAAGGAAAACAAAAACAUAUUAAAAAUGUACCAAGUAUAAAACAGUUAAAGGCAAUGAACGAGAAAGCAUUGGUAACUGAAGAAAAGUGUUGGCCAAGUUUAUAUUUUGGCAAAGAACGCGAAGAUGUUUUGUAAGCAUGUUUAUUCGAAUUAUUUGUUUAAAUUACAAAUUAAAUAUUGAAUUAUAGUGUAUAUGUAAUAUACACCAUGCGUAAAAUAUUUUUAUUCUUAAACUAAUUGUAAUUAAAUAAAUACAGCUCAA